AUCCUCUCCAAGCACUUCCACCCUAAAAAAAUUCUCACCACCAAUAACAAGUUGGGUUUUGCUGCUCUUCCUUUUAAUCUUCAUUCUGUUGAUUCUGUUGGAAGAAAGUUUUCAGUGACCACUACUUUGAAUAAUAAUAACAUCAUGUUAUCGGAACAACAAGCAUCAUCUGUUGCAACAGAGGCAACAACCACAACAAAUAGUAACAUUCCGAAAAGACCAGUCAUUCCUAUCGAUUACACAAACAAAGUAAUUCUAGCACCUAUGGUAAGAGUGAAUGGUCUUCCAUUCCGUAGACUUGCUGCUCGUUUUGGUGCAGAUAUUGUCUACUCUGAGGAAUUAGUGGAUAAGAAACUUAUUAAAUGUAAACCUGUAUAUAAUGAAAAAUUGAAAACCAUAGAUUACAUUGGUCAUGAUGGAAAUAUUGUUUAUCAAGUGGAAGUUGUAGAUAAAGAAAGUGACUCUCCGACUGCGUCACAAAAAGUGCCAACAGUCCUUCAACUUGGUACUUCAUCUCCAGAGCUUGCUUUACAAGUUGCUGAAUUGAUGAUAGAUGGUUAUGAUGCUAUUGAUGUAAAUAUGGGAUGUCCAAAGAAAUUUUCAGUUAAAGGAGGAAUGGGUUCUGCAUUGUUACGACCAGAAAAUCAAGAAAAUGCAUUUGCAAUUUUGAGAGCUCUUGUAAAGGGAAUUCAAGAAAAGCACGGAAAACCUGUGACAUGCAAAAUCAGACUCUUAGAUACAACCGAAAAUACUAUAGAAUUAUACGAAAAAUUACAAGCUACUGGUGUCACAGCCAUUUGUGUUCAUGCCAGAUAUAUUCCACAAAGACCAAGAGAAAAAGCCCAUUCCCAUUUAGUAGAUCCAGUUUCAAAGAUUACCAAAGUUCCAAUCAUUGCCAAUGGUGAUGUUUUUAAACCAGAAGAUAUUGACCGAAUUAAGGAUUUAACAGGGUGUUCCUCUGUCAUGAUUGCAAGAGGAGCUAUGUGGAAUUUGAGUAUUUUCAGAAAGGAAAAAGUUUUAUUGGAUAAAUUGGUUGUUGCAAAAGAACUUUUGGACGAAUUGAUCAAGUAUAAUUAUCACUCUGGGCUUUCCAAAUAUAUUCUGAAGAGAAUGUUUGAAACUCAUGCCAAAACCAAAUUAUACGAACGACUUGCCAAAUGUAAAGGCUUCGACGAUUUACACAAGGCUCUCCAUUUCAAUGACAAUGAAGAUUUAUCUAAAGAACUCACUCCUGAACAAAUUGCCUCAAUACCUGCCGAAGAUGAUGAAGUUGAUUUGGCACCACGACAAAAGAAGACAAAACAUGAGUAAAUUUUAGUUUUUUACCUUG